AUGAAUGCUCCACAUCCAGAGAAAAUGAUUGAGAAAUUUAAUCAAUAGAUGGAUGUAUUGUUGAAACAUGAAGAGCUCUUGGCGAAGUAGAGAAAAAUAAAUGAAUAGAAAUUGAAUAACAUUUUCGAUCGCAAUCUUUAAAUAGAAACAAAAGAUCGAAAAUUGUAAGAACAAAUCCUCUCGUAACGAUAUUAGAAUGAGUAGCUCAAGAUCUAGUAAGAGAAAUAAAAGCAACUUCAUGAUGUACAAAAAUAGAAAAAGGAAAAGAAGACUGCAUAAAAUGAGGUAUGGUCAAGUGAGUAGAAACAACACGAGAAGGAGAUCCAACGCAGAAUAUUUGAAAUCUAGAAUAAACUUAAAUACGAGGAGUUUAAAAAGAAAACCGAUGAUUUGAUUAACUAAUUAGAUUACAAUCUAAGGAAAGUCAACAUACGCUAUCUUGAAAAAUAAGAAAAAAAAGAGAGAUAAGUGAAUGAAUACAUGAGUUUAAAGUAGUAGACUUUAAAUUCAUCAAUGCAAAUAAAUGAAUCUCAUAAUCAAAAUGUCUAUUCCAACUAUUUAAUUGUAGAUGAAAAGAAUCCAAGAAGUAAAUUAAGAUAUCAAAAGUUGAAGAAUUAUGAAAGCAAGAUUAAUAAAAUUUAUAAAUAAAAAUAUGAAAAGAUGGAUUAACUCACUUAAAAGGUUCAAUAAUCCUAAGAACAUUAAGAGUUGAUCAAAGAGAGAUCUAAUUAGAUAUUUUAGACCAAAAUCAGAAAAUUAAAAGAAAAGAUGGAUUACUUUUAGGAUAAGAUAAAUUUUAUUGAGAAAAAGAGAUUAUCAGACUUACAAAAUAAUUAUAAUAAAGAACUGGAACAUCAUCAAUAAAUGAAUUAAGUGAGGGCCAAAUCUGAGAACAUAUUUAGAAAUAAAUCUCUCAAUCUCUUGAAUAAGCAAUUGUUGAAAGAAUAAACAUCUAAAUUGGUUCAACAUCAGAAUCAAUUAGAACUUGAACAGAAACUCUUGAGAUUGAAUCAGAAAUAGCUUACUUAACAAUCUCAAGUGAUGAAGGCUGAUUAAUUUAAAUAAUCCUACCUUUAAUAAUUGGAAUAAAGAAUCUCUUAAAGGGAUAUGAGAUUGCAGGAUUAAAUGUACAAUAUGAAAUUAACUUGUUUUAGAUAAAAUAAACUAGAAAUCUAAAGGAGAAGAUUGAAAGUCAUUGAGGACAUGGAGAGAUAAAAAAGGGAUAUGUUGUUGAAAUUGGAAUCAGAAAGAUUGCCAACAACAAACACUUCUGAUAUGAAGUAUUUUCAUAGUACUCCUAGAUUAUAAUCUAAAUUAUUUAUAACCUGA